GUCUGACUCCGGAUUAUGUCACAGGCUCUGCAGCCGCAGUGGGGAGCGGAGCGGCUCGGGCUCAGCCAGGUGCAGGCAGUGACCCCGGCGCUCCCCAGCCAGCGCUGCCUGGAUUGAGGGGCCCCAGCCUGCGGCGAGGAUGGCUCCCAUGCAGGGCCGACUGCUCCAGCUCUGGCCCCUGCUGCUGGGCCUGGCUGCGGCCCUCACCAUCCCCAAGGAGUACAAGAUGCACAACCUGCGGCAGCCCCCGGAGAUGACGGAGCAGCCGGUGGAGAAGCUGGUCGUGUUCCCCAGCGAUGACAUUGUGCUGCGGUGUGAGGCCACCGGGACCCCCCCCCUCGAGUUCCGCUGGACGAAGGACGGGCGCUGGUUCGACCCGCGCCAGGAGGCCGGGGUGACGGUCGUCGAGGGCUCGGGGACCCUCUAUGUGAACAACAGCAACGCGGGGCGGCACCAGGGCGUCUAUCGGUGCUACGCCAGCAACGACCUGGGCACGGCCAUGGGGCCGGAGAUCCGCGUCAUCGCCGAGAGCACCCCCCAGUGGCCCAAGGAGAAGGUUUUACCAUUGGAGGUGGAGGAGGGGGAGUCUGUCAUCCUGCCCUGCAACCCCCCCGCCAGUGCCAUGCCCCCCAAAAUCUACUGGCUGAACAGCCGGAUCGUGCACAUCGCGCAGGACGAGCGGGUCAGCAUGGGGCAGGACGGGUACUUGUACUUCGCCAACGUGCGGCGCUCGGACUCGCACCCCGACUACAUCUGCCACGCCCACUACCUGGGCCCCCGAACCAUCAUCCAGAAGGAGCCGAUCGAGCUGCGCGUCCGGCCCACCAACUCGGUGAAGUUUCGCCAGCCCCGGCUGAUGGUGCCACCAGGGGAGAGCAGCUCCCACGUCGCCCUGCGGGGCUCCAGCCUGGCCCUGGAGUGCAUCGCGGAGGGCUUCCCCACGCCCACGGUGGAGUGGAUCCGUCUGAACGGCCGCCUGCCCGCGGAGCGCGUGGCCCUGGAGAACUCCCAGAAAACCCUGCGGAUCCGGGACGUGGUGGAGGAGGACGAUGGGGAGUAUCAGUGUCUCGCCCGCAACACGCAGGGCACCGCCCGCCACACCUACACCGUCACCGUGGAAGCCGCCCCCUACUGGGCCCAGCAGCCCCACAGCCGGGUGUACGGCCCUGGGGAGAACGUUCGGCUCGAUUGCUCCGUCUACGGGAAACCGAACCCCCUGGUGUCCUGGAGGAUCAACGGCGUCCCUUGGGGAGAGCUGGCACCGGACCCGACACGGACGCUGCGCUCGGGGGCCCUGAUCCUGAGCCAGGUGCAGCCCAACGACUCGCUGGUGACGCAGUGCGAGGCCGUGAACCACCACGGCCGCCUGCUGGCCAAUGCCUACAUCUACGUCAUCCAGCUCCCGGCGAGGAUCCUGACCCCAGACAAGCAGCGCUACGCCGUGGUGGAGAACCAGACGGCAUCCCUGGACUGCCAGACCUUCGGGGCACCUAUGCCCAGCGUGGAGUGGUUCACCGGGCGAAUGGAGCCGGCUCUGCAGGACGAACGCGCCUUCAUCCACACCAACGGCUCCUUGCACCUGCCCCGGGCCCAGCGCCAGGACACCGGCGCCUACGUCUGCCUGGCCCAGAACGACCAGACCAACGUCACCAUCAGCGCCUGGCUCGAGGUCAAAGGCGCGACACGGAUUGAGCUGGGCCCCCAAAGCGCCGUGGUGAAGAAAUCCAGCAACGUGACCUUCCAGUGCCUGGUGCGGUUUGACGAGACGCUGCAGGAGCGCGGGGUCGAGUGGUGGCGGGACGGGCGCCCCAUCCGGGAGUCAGACGACAGCGACAAGUACACCAUCGAGCCCGGCUGGCUCCGGAUCUCCGGCGUGGACUACACGGACCAGGGCGUGUACAGCUGCCGGGCACACACGGAGCUGGAUGCGGUGGAGGAGAGCGCCGAGCUGCGGGUGGUGGGCCGCCCCGGGCCGGUGUCAGAGCUGCAGGUGUCGGAGCCCCAGGAGCGCCGGGUGAAGCUGAGCUGGACCCCGGGGGACGAUCACAACAGCCCCAUUGAGAAGUUCGUGGUGGAGGCAGAGGACGGGCUCCGGGACCCCGGCACCUGGCGGGAUGUCAGCACCGUCCCUGGCCACCAGCCCUGGGCCCAGCUGCACCUGGUGCCCUACGGUGACUUCCGCUUCCGAGUCCGCGCGGCCAAUCGGUUCGGGCGUGGGGAGCCCAGCGCCGCCUCCGCCCCCGUCCGCACCAGCCCGGCGGCCCCCGAGCGUUACCCUGAGGGGGUGGCCGGCGAGGGGAACGAGACCAACAACAUGCUCAUCACCUGGAAGUGCACAACCAGCCUGGCUACCACCACACUGCACUCAACCACCUCCAUGCACCAUCGCCAGUGCACAAUCAACCUGGUUACCACUGCCCUGCGCACAACUGCCCCCAUGCACCACCCCCCUGGCUACCUGCACCCCUUCCACAACUACCUCUAUGCACCAUUGCCCUCGUGCACCACCAGUGCACAACCAUCCCUGGCUACCACCGCCCUGCGCACAACUGCCUCUGUGCACCAUCGCCCCCGUGCACCAUCACCAGUACACAACCAACCCGGCUACCACCGCCCUGUGCACAACUGCACCCAUGCACCAUCACCCCUGUGCACCACCAGCCCCAGCUACCACCGCCCUGCACACAACUGCCUCCGGGCACAUCACCCCCGUGCACUAUCACCAGUGCACAACCAUCCCUGGCUACCACCGCCCUGCGCACAACUGCCUCUGUGCACCAUCGCCCCCGUGCACCAUCACCAGUACACAACCAACCCGGCUACCACCGCCCUGUGCACAACUGCACCCAUGCACCAUCGCCCCUGUGCACCACCAUCCCCAGCUACCACCGCCCUGCACACAACUGCCUCCGGGCACAUCACCCCCGUGCACUAUCACCAGUGCACAACCAUCCCUGGCUACCACCAUCCUGCACACAACCACCUCCGUGCACCAUCACCCCCAACUAUCACUGCCCCAUGCACAACUGCCUCUGAGCACCAUCACCAGUGCACAACCAAACCCGGCUACCACUGCCCCACGCACAGCUGCCUCCAUGCACCAUCGCCCCGGCUACGAUCGCCUUGCACACCCUUGUCUCACCCCCACAUAGUCACCCGAGGGCCCCACACACCUGCUCUGACACACCUGUGUCCCCAGGAGCUGCCACCACCUCCACAAACAUGUGGGAGGCCCUUAAGUGCCACCUCCUGGACCUUGGCAGGCAGCAUGAGCAGCCCCCCCCCCCAACCGAAGAGCAAGUGA